AUGACCUCUCCUGCCACGCCAGACGAUGAAGCUCUUGAAGGCUCCGAGUACGUGAACCCGCAUGAUGCCAGCUCCCGUUGGUAUCUGGUUGCCCGCGUCUUUGCUCUGCGCCAAGGAGCAAACCUGGGGUACAGCUUGCAGCAUAUGGCGGCCCCGGGCGCACCGGGCACGACCAAGACGAUCUGGCUGGAUUCAACCAUCGGGAAAUAUCGAGGCAAGGAGCUCAUCAAGGUCGAUAUCUGGGUGCCCUAUCCGAAGCGCGUCCUGCGAAAGCGCCCGGCCGUCAUCAACCUCCAUGGCGGCGGGUUCGUCCUGGGCCAAGGCACCGACGACACCCGCUGGGCCGCAGCCGUUGUGAAAGACCUCGAUGCUAUCGUUUUCUCCGUCAACUACAGGCUCGCCCCCGCCUACCACUUCCCGAAGCCGGUCGAAGAUUGUGUCGACGCCAUCCUCCAGAUCGCCUCCAGAGCGGAGGAGUUCAAUUUCGACCCGUCCAGCCUUAUCAUCUCUGGAUUCUCCGCGGGCGGUAACCUUGCGCUCGCGAGCUGGUUGGUCCUCCAGCAGCCCGAGAGGUGGAAUUACCACCUGAAGCUGCCCGUACCGAAUGUCCUCGCGUUCUCGCUCUUCUACCCUCUGCUGGACUGUACCGUCAGCCGGCCUCGCAAACGAACGCGAUGCGUGCGCCCAGACAUGACGUUACCGAGCAGUCUGACGGACCUCUUCGACGCCUCGUAUAUCUACCCCCCUCUGGCGCGCGAGGAGCGCAACGACCUGCGCUUAUCUCCGGGGCUCAUGCCUGACGAGAUGCUAGAUCGGAUGCCGCCGCUACACCUUUGCCUGUGCGAGUGGGACAUGUUGCUACCGGAAGGGUUGACGUUUGCCGAGAGGCUGAACUCGCGCAAGAAGCAGAUCGUCGUCCGGGUGGUGGCGCAGGAGAAGCAUGCCUGGGACAAGCCGCCCCCGGUACAGCCGAAGAAGAGCAUGGGUAUCGAAUACGGAGAGGCGAUCAAGACGCUGAAGGGGUGCAUUGAACAUACGGCAGGGCCUCUGCGGCGGGUUAGGCCAAUCUCUACGCUUGUCCGGGCAAACACUGAGACUUGA